UGUUCAAUUUUUACGUGUGGAUUCCUAACAUAUCUUUUAUAAGAUGUUAAAGAUAUUUUAAUGGGAAUGGAGAGGGAUCUUAGGGCAACGUUAAGUUUGAAAAAAAAAAUUGAGACUUCUGUCAACUUACCUAUUUAUUGCAGGGAAGCAAAAUACAGACAAGAGUUGGAUUAUUAAUGCUGCUCUGUACUUGGCUAAGCAACUGUCCCAUUGCAGUAACGCAUUUUCUUCACAAUUCAGCCAAUGUCCCAUUUCUUACAGGACAAAUUGCAGAAAAUCUUGGCGAGGAAGAGCAGUUGGUCCAAGGCUUGUGUGCCCUUCUGUUGGGCAUUUCAAUUUACUUCAAUGAUAACUCACUUGAGAGCUACAUGAAAGAGAAAUUAAAACAACUAAUAGAGAAGAGGAUUGGCAAAGAAAACUUCAUAGAGAAACUAGGAUUUAUUAGCAAACAUGAGUUGUAUUCCAGAGCAUCUCAGAAACCACAGCCAAACUUUCCCAGUCCAGAAUACAUGAUAUUUGAUCAUGAGUUUACGAAGCUGGUAAAAGAACUUGAAGGUGUGAUAACUAAGGCUAUUUAUAAGUCCAGUGAAGAGGAUAAAAAAGAAGAAGAGGUGAAGAAAACAUUAGAACAGCAUGACAGUAUUGUGACUCACUACAAAAAUAUGAUUCGAGAACAAGAUCUGCAACUUGAGGAAUUAAAGCAGCAGAUUUCUACGUUAAAAUGUCAAAACGAACAGCUCCAGACAGCAGUCACACAGCAAGUAUCUCAGAUUCAGCAACACAAAGAUCAGUACAAUCUUCUUAAAGUACAGCUAGGAAAAGAUAAUCAGCAUCAAGGUUCUUACAGUGAUGGGACUCAGGUGAAUGGCAUUCAACCAGAAGAAAUUGGUAGGUUACGAGAAGAGAUAGAAGAAUUAAAAAGUAAUCAGGAACUUUUACAAAGCCAGCUGGCUGAAAAGGACUCUCUGAUUGAAAAUUUGAAAACUUCCCAAGCAUCACCUGGCACAAAUGAACAGUCUUCAGCAACAGCUUCUGCUAGAGAUUCUGAACAAAUUGCAGAAUUAAAACAGGAACUGGCAACAUUAAAGUCACAGUUAAACUCACAAUCUGUGGAGAUCACCAAACUGCAGACAGAAAAGCAGGAGCUGUUACAGAAAACAGAAACAUUUGCAAAGUCAGCUGCCGCACCAGGAGAGAGUGGAGCUGGAAGGGCUGCAAAGGCCACCGAUGGGGACAGCCGGCUGUUGGCGUUGCUACAGGACACGAAUGACUUGAAGAAUGAAAUUAAGGCUCUGUCUGAGGAAAGAACUGCUAUUAAAGAGCAGCUGGAUGCAUCUAACAGUACCAUUGCCAUUUUACAAAAUGAGAAAAACAAGCUCGAGAUGGAUAUUACAGAUUCUAAAAAAGAACAGGAUGACCUGUUGGUGCUGUUGGCUGAUCAGGAUCAGAAAAUAUUUUCAUUAAAGAAUAAACUCAAGGAACUUGGUCAUCCGGUAAGAUCGAAAUGUUUCCAAAAAUGAUUUAUGGUAUAUUUU